AUGUAUCCUUCUAUUUCAAGUACAUUUACAGAAGUUACGAAGAGACUUGGAACCAAUUUCCGAGUAUUCUUUAAGAAUGAAUUGGAGCAACCUUCGGGUAGUUUCAAACUUCGUGGUCUUGGAUAUUUAAUCGGCCAAUCUUUAGCCAAGGCAAAGGUAAUGAAAAAGGAAGGAGUGCAAGUAUUCUCAUCUUCAGGUGGUAAUGCUGGGUUAGCAGCUGCAUACGCAGCCCAAUUCUAUAAAGUUCCCUGUACAGUAGUCUUACCCAUUGUAUCCAAGCAAGUUGUAAUUACCAAACUUGAAUCACUUGGUGCAAAAGUUAUAGUUGAAGGUCGUCAUUGGGGUGAAGCUGAUGCCUUUCUUAGAGAAACUCUCAUUCUGAAAUUACCCGAAUCAAUCUAUCCAGUGUAUUGUCACCCCUUUGAUGACCCGAUCAUUUGGGAUGGUCAUGCCAAAUUUAUAGAUGAAGUUGUUGAACUGUUUUCUAAAGAGGAUCUUUCUCAUUUGAAAGCGGUUAUUUGUAGUGUUGGAGGAGGUGGAUUAUACAAUGGAGUCGUGGAAGGAUUAGAUAGAAAUGGGUUAAAAGAAGUCCCAGUGGUGGCAGUUGAAACAAUUCAAGCGCCAACUUUUACUGAGGCUGUGAAAGCUGGUAAACAAGUACAUUUAGAAACAGUCAAGACAAUUGCAACUUCACUUGCAUCGCCUUAUAUUUCAGAAAAAAGUUUAGAGAAUUAUUACAAUCAUAAAACUAUUUUGAAAACUAUAGAUGAUAUUGACGCUAUUCAAGGAACAAUUGAUUAUUAUGAUAAAUUCCAUAAAUUAAUUGAACCAGCUUGUGGGGCUGCAAUUGCCACUGUUCUGAAAAGAUUAGAUUUAUUAUCUGACCUUCAAUUGAAGGAAGAUGAUAUAGUGGUAGUUGUUGUUUGUGGAGGAUCUGCAGUUUCAGAAGAGGUCAUACAAGAAUAUCGUAAGAUGUUGUAA